AUGGCUUCUGACUCAGUCGAAGGCAUUAACCCGUUUCCCAACACAUCGGGGAACGGAGAGAUCCCAUCUUUUCAGGGCGAUGAGAAGGCCAAGGCCAGUGAUUUUGCAAAUUACUUCUGCUCCUAUGCUCAGCUUUAUCACCAGAAGCAGAUGCUUGCUGAUCACAACCGUAUGGCAGCAUACCAUUCGGCGAUCUUGGGAAACUCUGAAGUUUUCAAGGAUAAGGUUGUCAUGGAUAUUGGUACAGGGUCUGGAAUCUUGGCCUGUUGGGCCGCACAAGCUGGUGCCAGAAAGGUGUAUGCCAUCGAAUAUACUGACAUGGCAAAGCAUGCUCGACAAGUGAUGGCUGCCAACGGCGUUGACAACAUUGUCACUGUGAUUCAAGGGGCUGUUGAGGACAUCACGCUUCCAAUUGAAGAAGACGGUCUAGAAUCAGAUGAUCCAGAACACCCUGAGAGAGUGGUUGAUAUCUUUAUCAGUGAAUGGAUGGGUUACUUCUUGCUUCGUGAAUCCAUGUUGGAUUCAUUGCUUCGAGCACGUGACAAAUUCCUCAAACCCGCCACUGGUCUCAUGUUCCCAUCACAUUGUACCAUGUAUGUUGCUCCUGUUCAAGAUGAAGAGGAGCGAAGGGCUAACAACAGUGAAUUUGCCGCGUCCAUGUCAGACUGGACUGAUUUCCAAGAGACUACAAUGCAAGUGUACGGGGUCAACAUGAGCAUCCUCCAAAAAGACUUUGAAAAGGAGCAAAAGGAGUACUACCUCUGGAGCAGCCGUUGGCGAGAGCUUCCGCCAGAGGCUGUCUUGGCAGAACCACAGGUCGUCAAGACGCUCGAUAUGAUGACAUGCACAUUGGAAGAGUCCAAGGGUGUCAUGCCAGGCGAUGCAAUGAGUACAUUCGACUUUGCUAUUGACGGAGUAACUACACGUGGGCCUAUUUCUGGUAUCGCCGGAUGGUUCACAUCCGAUUUCAAGACCAGAACAGAUGCAGGAGGUUUGGACGCUCCCAAGCUCUCAAACCCCUCGUUCCUGUCGACUGGACCUGAAAAUGGAUACACUCACUGGGGACAACAAGUAUUCUACUUUCAAUCCGGAAUCCCGGUACUGAACGGGGAAACGACGAACAUUGCAGGAAGUCUUGAAAUGACUCGAACCAAAGAAAACGCAAGACUUUACAAUACCAUACUCAAGUAUACUUCUUCAAGGAAAAAGACCGGGGAUACAAGUGGUACAUUCCUCAUGAAGAGCCCUGAAACAAAUCAAAAGUACUUGAUUCCAUAA